AUGUGUGCGCUCCACUCCCAAGACUUCUCCUACCUAUGGACCGUACUUAGCCGAGACAGCAAGGGCUUUGGCUCUCAGGGCUGUCGUAAUGCCAGUUUGGGGUGGGAUUGGAAAACUUUAGAGAAGGAGGAGCCCACUUUGGCUAACCCAGCCAACCAUGCGCACAGAAGGCGAUCGGCGAUCAGGAGUUCCCCGCCGACGCACAUCUGCACCAAUCGCAUUCGCAUGAACGAAUUGGAAACCCCGCAGAAAUCCGUGGGCGGAAUGAAAUUAUUGCCCUCUCCCAUCUUUAGAAAAUUCAAUGUUGUCCGUGGGAUUAUGAUCUGUGUUACGGUGUUACGACCUCCCACGGAUAUCAGCACUGCACUGCUUUUUCAUUGGUUGGUCGAUAAUACAAGCAAUUUUAGUGGCUUGGUCCCCAAGGCUUAA